AUGAGCCCCUGCGGCCCGCGGGGGGGUGGCGCUGGCGGGGCUGCGGGAGAAGAGGGGGUGUCGGGGCGCCGCUCGUCUGCCCCGGGGCAAGGUGGGAGGGGCUCCGCUGGCGCUGGUCCCCGCCGCCCCGGCCGGCUCAGCAGCGGCCCGGGGCGCGCCUCCUGCUCCCGGGCUGCAUGCCUGCGAGCGCCUGGAGGAGCCGGCCCGGGAGCGAACGGCCAGUGCUUCCCCGACCCAGCGGCUCGGGCGGCGCAGCCAGCGCUCGGGAGACAACUGCAGAGUGGGGCGGCCGGGGCCAGCCCCCUCCCUCGCCCGGCCCCCGCCCGCCGCCGAGCGCGGCGUCGCGAGGAAGGUGUGACUUGCAGAGGAGUUGGUUCAUUCUUAUGUACAUUUACUGGAGAAGUUCACAGCAGGAGACUGGGGUCUGAGACACACGCAUCUUUGUGUGCCCCAAAGAAUAAAGCCCUCAAAGGAUGUGAAGCCUGAACUCACUUCAAAUGCUGGGGAGGCCCUUUCCUUAGCUGAGCUGUGGAGGAACCAGGACUCCUGUGGCACUGCCCUAACGAGGAGGCAGUGCUGCCAAAUUCAGAUUACUUCCA